AUGGUGAGAUGGGACAGCUGUCUAGACAUCGAUGAAGAGCAUGUGAAUUUUGCUAGUAGAGAUGAACUGAACAGAGCUCUCAGCAAGGAGAGAGAGGAACCAGAUGGACCUGUGAACUUUGAGCUUGACAUUUGCCACCAGGAUCCAGAAUACAAGUCCCCAGCUCCCCUGCCACAUGCCCAAGUCAAACUGAUCACCAGCUGGGAAGCAGGAUGGAAUGUAACGAAUGCCAUUCAGGGAAUAUUUGUCCUAGGAUUGCCAUAUGCUCUUCUCCACAGUGGAUACAGUGGCCUGUUUCUUAUUAUCUUGGCUGCAGCACUAUGCUGUUACACAGGCAAGAUUCUGAUCUCUUGCCUGUAUGAAGAAAAUGAAGAUGGGCAACUGAUAAGAGUGAGAGACACAAAUGAAGGUAUUGCAAAUGCCUGCUGCAAAAGGCUACCUCCCAAACUAGGUGGCAUAGUUGUCAAUGUAACCCAGGUGAUGGAACUGAUCAUGACAUGUAUUUUGUAUCUGGUUGUCAGCGCGAACUUGCUGUCAUAUAGUUUUCCAUAUGUACCAGUAACUGAGAAAACUUGGUCUGUAAUUGCAUUUGUUACACUGUUGCCUUGUGUAUUUAUCAAAACGCUCAAAAUUGUUUCCAAACUCAGCCAGCUUUGCUCCCUGGUCCAUUUCAUUAUAAUACUUGUAGUAAUGACUUACUGUCUCACACAAAUACAUCAGUGGUCCUGGGCAAAAUUCAGACUCUCUGUUGAGUUUGAGGACUUCCUGGUCUCUGUAGGGCUGAUCAUUUUCAGUUACACUUCACAAAUAUUUCUUCCCACACUUGAAGGUAACAUGAAAAACCCAGGGGAAUUUAGUUGUAUGCUGAAUUGGACUCACCUUUUUGCUUGUGUCUUGAAAACAACCUUUGCACUGACAGCAUUCUUGACCUGGGGUGAAGAGACAAAGGAAAUUAUUACUGACAACCUGCCAUCAUUUCUUGAAACCCUAGUGAAUUUGUGUCUCUUAGCCAAGGCUCUUCUUUCUUACCCUUUGCCCUUUUUUGCAGCCACAGAAAUUGUGUAUGCUUGUAUUUCUAGAGAAAACCAUUCCAAAUACAGAUCUCCGCUAUUUUCUCUGGGUGUAAGAGGCUCGUUUCUCCUGUUAACUCUGCUGAUGGCCAUGUUCGUACCACAUUUUGCCGUGUUGAUGGGUUUAACAGGCAGUGUAACAGGUGCUGCUAUGACUUUUCUUCUUCCUUCCCUCUUCCAUUUAAAACUUAAAUGGGAAAAACUAUCCUUCUUAGAGAAAUGUGCAGAUAUCUCUGUUUUUACUUUGGGUUUCCUUUGUAGCCUUGCAGGCAUAGUUUGCUCAAUAAAAAGGUUGCUCGAAGUGUUUGGAGGAGUGUAAAAAGAUUUCCAGAAAUCCAAAUAAGGCCCAAAUCUUGUAAAUGCUUUUACUCUUUUAGUCAGUAUAUAAGGUAUUUUGUCACUAGGCAAAAAUAAGUAUAUGUUUAAAUGUUUGCCACAUCAAUGUUUUAACUGUAUAAGUAUGUGGCUCAAAGAAAUUUGGAAAAUAACCUUCAUAGCCAAAAAGUACAAAAUUGUCCCUAUCUAAAAUACUGAGAGGAAAAAAGGUUUUGAAGUGGUUUAUCAUGAAAACAAUUUUAAACUAAUCCUAUAUGGUUUUGUUCAUACAUGACAUGCCAUC